AGACAGUUUGUUCUAGAAUUUUUGGAAAAUGAAGACCUGCAGAGAACCUGUCUCAGACUGGUAACAGAAGCCGGGCUUCAGGAUGUACUCCUAGACUUUGCUAUGGCAAGAGGUCUAGUUAUAGAGGCCCUAGAGGAGUUGGCGAGACAGGAACAGUACCAAUUGUCGGAGACAUCACUUGACUUGUUGAUCAAUCGAGGAUAUGGUGGACAUCUUGCACAAGUUGCAUCAGGUGCAUUCCUAAAUCUUCUUGAUCCAAAAAGACUUGUGAAGAUAUUCUGUGAACGACCACAACUGGUUGCCCAACAUCCUGAUCUGUUGCUAGGCAACCUGAGUGACCUUGACCUGAGUGCACUGUUACAGUUAGUGGAAGUACUAGAUCCCUCAAAGCCUGUUAUAAGGGGUUUUGUGCAGAGGAAACUUCACUCUAGAAGAAGGACCAGCUCAUUGACCUCACUGACAGGUUCGGGGGAGUUUGGAGAUGGUGCAACUAGUGUCCGAAAGGACUUGAAGAGUGUUGAUGCUGUCAGAAUGGUUCACUGUUUCCUUAUGGUAGUGCUUCAUUUGAACAACAGCAGAGCGUUAGAUGGUGAACCAGUCAAUACUGACUUCCUGUUUGAAAAUAUAGAAGAUAUUUUGAAAAAUAUUAUGGAAUGUUCCCAGUCCAGCAGACAGAAGAUAUCUUGCAGAUCAAAUCCUGUAGGGUGUGGACAAACCCAUGCAGCAGUAGCUUUGAAAAAUGGUGACCUUUAUACAUGGGGAAAGUCCAACCAUGGCAGGUUAGGCCAUGGUGAGCAGAAGGGCAGUCCUGCAUCAUGUGGGCCAUGUAAAGUUGGAAAUUUUCACACAUUACAGAUCAAAGUGACCUCUGUAGCAUGUGGAAUGCAACAUACAAUAGCACUUACAAAUCAAGGGCUGUAUGGAUGGGGAUCAUCAAAGUAUGGCCAGGUUGGCUUAGGAACGAAGCACUUGUACAUGCGUCCCAUGCCUAUAGAGGAGAUGUCCAAGGUGAUGUGUAUCGCCAUUGACUGUGGACAGUACCAUACUGUAGCACUUACAGAUGAUGCCCAGGUGUACAGCUGGGGUUGGGGUGUGCAUGGACAGUUAGGUCAUGGUGACACAGAGGAGAGACUGGUGCCAAAACUGAUCACUAGUUUCAGUAACCAGUCCAUCAUUAAGAUAGCAGCUGGAUACUGUCAUACUCUGGCUCUAACCCUACAAGGAGAACUUUAUGCCUUUGGCUGUGGUUUCUUCGGUCAGCUUGGUUUGGGAACAAGCAUCAAACAUACACUUCCGGUCAAAGUCAGCGCCAUACCUGAAAAAAUCAUCACCAUGGCAACCAAGUUUUUUCAUUGUGUAGCAGUAGACAACCAUAAUCGUGUGUAUCAGUGGGGAAGUCACCCACAUGGCUUGCGGCAUUUUGUCCAUAGUCAGCGUCGGGCACGACAAUCUGGUCAGAGUAACUUUGAACAAGCAGACGGUCAUCUCAGACCUAGAUUAGUUGAUACAACUUAUGUGAAUGGCAGAAUCAAACAGGUUGUGUGUGGUAGUUUCCACAGUUGUAUUGUAACCAAGGAUGGUGAUGUGUAUACAUGGGGCAGGAACCUUGACGGUCAACUUGGAAAUGGAACACGACAAGAUGUGAGAAUACCACAAAUGGUAACUACAAUCAACGAUCGUAACAUCAUACAUCUGACAUCGGGAGGAGAGUAUAAUGUUGCCAUGGAUAUAGACCGUCAGAUAUGGGUGUGGGGUAGGAAUGAAUUUUGUCAGGUGUGUAGUAUUUAAAGUUAAUAAGUAGAUUUUAGGGGGGCACUUAGAGUUGCUCUUGUCCAUCCAUCCGUCCUUCCAUCCAACCAAGU